AUGGCAAGGAACAGAAGGGAUAAAGAUGGAGGAUUUGGCACGGAAGGUUUGGUUGCUGUGGCGAUAGACAAAGACAAAAGCAGCCAAAAUGCUCUUAAAUGGGCUGUUGAAAAUUUGUUACAGAAAGGCCAAACCAUACUUCUCGUCCACGUCAAGCCUCGUGCUUCCUCUGCCUCAACAAACCCUUCUACUAACUCAAACUCUUCUAAGACAAGCCAAACAAAUGGUGAUUCUCAAGUGGUGACUGUAGAACCAGACGGCUCUUACAAACAGUUGUUCCUUCCCUUUCGUUGCCUCUGUUCACGCAAAGAAAUACAAUGCAAAGAUGUGUUGUUGGAGGAUUCAGAUGUUGGGAAAGCUUUAGUUGAAUAUGCAAAUCAGGUCAUCAUUGAGGUAUUGGUGGUUGGUGCUUCAUCAAAAGGAGGCUUUCUCAGGUUCAACAAACCAACAGAUAUUCCAGUAAUGAUUACAAAGAAUGCACCAGAUUUCUGCACAGUUUAUGUCAUAACCAAAGGAAAGCUUUCAACAAAGAGACCAGCCUCUCGUACUGCACCUUCUGUUUCUCCAUUGCGCAUUGAGAUUCAACAGAAUAGCACAAGGCCACAGUAUCCACGUUUGCCUUCUCCUGCAACUAAUAACACAAGAGCAGAGAGACAAUCAUUUGACUCUCAGCGCAGGUCCCUUGACGAUCAAUCUGAGUCCUCCAGGCCACCUUUCACUAGAAGAGGGUUGAAUGGGAGAGCAUCAUACGGAGACCUAUCAAUUCCAGAUGCUGACAUAUCAUUUAUAAGCUCUGGGAGACCAAGUACUGAGCGUCACUCCCUUUCCUUGUUUGACACUCCUGAUCAAAACCGGACUCCUACAAGGCUAUCAAAUUUCUCCGACCUUGACCGUGGUAGCUUUGAGUCAAUGACCUACGGACAGGGGUCAAUGGAUAUAAGCUCACCACCUGCUUCCUCAAGAGACUCAUUUGAGAAUGAAAGGUUUUCAUCUGCUUCUCAAGGAGGGGAGGAUGUGGAGGCUGAGAUGAGGAGGCUUAAGCUGGAGUUGAAACAAACGAUGGAAAUGUACAGUUCAGCUUGCAAGGAAGCACUCACAUCAAAACGGAAGGCAACGGAGCUUCAACGCUGGAAGUUAGAGGAGGAACGGAAGUAUGAAGAGGCAAAGCAAGCAGAGGAAGCUGCGUUGGCCAUUGCAGAGAAGGAGAAAGCAAAAUCCAAAGCUGCAUUGGAAGCAGCUGAAGCAGCUCAAAGGAUUGCUGAAAUGGAGUCUAAAAAGAGAAUCAGUGCAGAAAUGAAAGUUCUCAAGGAGACUGAGGAGAAAAGAAAAGCUGUGGAUGCUUUAGCCCAUGCAGAUGUUAGAUACAGAAAGUACUCCAUUGAGGAGAUUGAGGAUGCAACAGAGUACUUUGAUGAGAAGUAUAAGAUAGGAGAAGGAGGUUAUGGACCUGUCUACAAGUGUUAUUUGGAUCAAACACCUGUGGCUGUGAAAGCUUUGCACACAGAUGGAGCUCAAGGCAGGUCACAGUUUAAGCAAGAGGUUGAAGUGUUGAGCUGCAUGAGACACCCUCAUAUGGUUCUUCUGCUUGGAGCCUGUUCAGAAGGUGGUUGUUUAGUAUAUGAGUUCAUGUCCAAUGGGAGCUUAGAAGACCGUCUUUUCAGACAAGGAGACAGCCCACCACUCUCUUGGCAAACUAGGUUCAGAAUCGCUGCAGAGAUCGGCACUGUAUUGUUGUACCUUCACCAAACUAAACCAGAACCACUGGUUCACCGUGAUCUCAACCCUGCAAAUAUAUUACUAGACCGCAACUUUGUCAGCAAGGUUGCUGAUGUUGGCCUUGCUAGGCUGGUCCCUCCAUCGGUUGCAAACACCGUGACGCAAUACCGCAUGACAUCAACAGCUGGCACGUUUUGCUACAUCGAUCCAGAGUAUCAGCAGACAGGUAUGCUGGGUGUGAAGUCUGACAUUUUUUCACUCGGCGUUAUGUUUCUGCAGAUGAUAACAGGGAAACCACCAAUGGGUCUAACUCGUUACAUUGAGAGUGCCCUCGAGAAAGGGAAUUUGAAAGAUGUGCUUGAUCCAUCUGUCUCUGAUUGGCCUGUUGAAGAUACCAUAGAGUUUGCCAAGUUGGCUCUCAAGUGUGCAGAGAUAAGGAGGAAAGACAGACCUGAUCUUUCCACAGUUAUCUUGCCAGAGCUCAACAGGUUAAGAGCACUUGCUGAAGAAUCAAGUCAGUCUGCAGUAGUCAUCAACAGCCCUGGACCAAGCCCCACCUUUAGUCAAACUUCUUCCCCCAAGUUGUAA